CUGACAGAGCGGCAUACCGUUUUGAGCGGGCCCCUCCAUCAACAAUUUCUGAACCGCGUCUUCGCUCGCUGUCCUCUUCACGUACACAAUCAUACACAGAUUGCCACAGUCAAGAUGGGUGUUCAAAAUGCGGCCGCGGACCUUUUCGCCAUGAAAUCCAACCCCAAGUUCGUCUUCUUCACGGAUUUUGACGGCACAAUCACCCAGCAGGACAGCAAUGACUUCAUGACCGACACAAUUGGCUACGGCCAGGCCAAGCGCCGUGAGGGCAACCUCGCCUGUCUAAAUGACAAAAUCACAUUCCGCGAUUCGUUCCAGGACAUGAUGGACAGCGUCACUCGCCCCUACGACGAGUGCAUUCAAUACGUUGUCAACAACGUCAAGCUCGACCCCGGGUUCGCAGAGUUCUUCCAGUGGAGCUUGGAGAACAACAUUCCCGUUGUUGUCCUCAGUUCAGGAAUGGAACCAAUCAUCAAGGCGCUACUUAAAAAGCUGGUUGGCCCUGACGCUGAGAAGAUGCAGGUCCUCGGUAACUCGGUUGGCCCCAGGCCUGGCAAGGACAUUAACGAAGAGGGCGGCUGGACCAUUCUCUUCAAGCACCCCGAGUCAGGUUUUGGUCACGACAAGUCUGUUGAACUGAGGAAGUACUCUUCACUGCCUGAGGAUGAGAGGCCUACUAUGUUCUACGCUGGUGACGGCGUGUCCGACCUCUCCGCUGCGCGUGAGACCGAUCUGCUUUUUGCGAAGAAGGGUCACGACCUGAUCAACUACUGUGCACGGGAGAACGUUCCCUUCACAGUAUUCGAGGACUGGACGAACAUUCUGGCCAAGUGCAAGGACAUUGUCGAGGGCAAGACCACCGUACAGGACGCCGCCAAAGCAGGAUUCGAAGCAUACAAGAGUGGUGCUGCCGGCAUCAACGUGAAGUAGGCUAUCAAGUAGAUGGUGCGAUACACGAGAGGUUGAUAUGAGCAUCUAGAGAGGCACAGAGCAAGCGCACUAACGACUUAAGAUUCCCGGUAGAUUAGAAUACCACAUAGAUUAGAAGCAAUGAAGCACAAACAUUUCGUUUUGCCA